GCGUCGUUAUGCGGUUCGUCGUACGGAGAACUUACUUGCUCGAAGUGGUGUAAUCCACGAUAAAAUUGUGCAGAUUUUUUGAGUCUAGAAAAGCAAAAUGUGAAAUGUCGACAUAUGAAUAAAAUAGGUGAAGGUGUACGAAUUUGUGUACGAAUUGUGCGUUCAACAAAAACGAAAUAUUAUAAUAAUGUUUGAAUUGUUUAAGAUGUGUUCAUUUAAAAAGUGAAGAAAAGUGGAAAAUCAGUCAAAAGUGAGAAAAGUUUGAAGAAAUUGAAACAAGAGAAUACGGAAUACAACUAAAAAUGGAUAUCAUUAAGUUCCAAUUUCUAGUGGUGCUCAUCACUGCAAGUGUUGUUUAUGGAGACUACAGUCCAUCAUUUAAGCCAGCAAUUAAUGGUGGUUACCCUAAGUUGCCAAUGGCCUAUCCGAGCUGGGCAGCAAAACAGAGCACCGGAUCAACGGCGUUAAAACAGUACAUGGUCCAACUACGAAGUGGUACACGAAUGCCUUCUGGAGUACUUCGUCCAGCGCCAGGGAUGAUCAUGAGCAUGAAGCGGCCAAUAAAGUCAGUUUACGGGCAAGGAUAUCCACUAAAUAAACAGCCACUUAUCAAACGACCGCAUCUCGUACAAUCCCAGUCACCGUUCAUGGUAAAUCUGAAUUUGAAACAUAAAUUCGCGACGUCACCAACUGGACCAAAAACAGGCGAAAUUGUUUAUGAAAAGCUGAAACCUCUUGUACAACAACCCACUGUUCAUUUAACUUCAUCUAAGGAUGGAGCGAUCCACACAAUUCCCGCUCCCAACCUUGGAAGUACCAAAAAUAAACCUGUCCAUCAGUUGAAAAUCACAACAUUUGACGACAAUAAUAACCUGGAAAUUGAUAUACACAAAUCAACUAGGCCGGCCUUCACCACUAAGCAUUCGUAUGCUCCACAAUCUACGUACCCAGCACUAUCAACGCAACAACCAAGUGCAUCAUAUCCGCCAGUAUCGAUACAUCAAUAUCAAGUUACAGAGGAACAAACCAAUGACGUAACAUUGAAGGACCUUUACUCUGGCCAGAAAACAUACUUCGCUCCAGAUCCGGAUCCAUCCCUUCCGAGUAAAUCACUAUUACCUACCUCGGAUCCUUUGAGUGAACCCAGUAACGGAAAGUAUCCACCCAAGGACCUUCUGAUCCAGGCCCAAACCCAAACCCAAACGCAAUUCCUACCUCAACCCAGUACCGCCGCGUUUGCCCAGAAACCGUAUUAUGGAAUUGUCAACGCAGCACCACAAUCAAGCUUUUCAAUUCCGCUGGCCACACAGCCUCAGCUUCAGCAACAUAUCCUCCAACAAACGUCCAUGUUGCAGGGAAUGCCACUCUCACUCUACAAUCCAACCUAUCUCGUGACCCAGUCCAAUAACCUUUUCAACAAUCACCAGCAGCAGUUGCAGGCGAAUCUGUUUAAGCCAGAGACAAGUUUUGUUGGAGCUGUUCCUAGCCAGCCUACCUCAACUGGAGACGUCGUGUUCAACUCCUACACUUACAAGCACACCGAACCUGCCGCGAGUGCAGGUCAAAUUCUUGCCGCUACUCAGGAUCAACUACAUGAGCUGCAGUCCGCUGUUAGUCAAAUACAACUGAACGACCUUAACCAACAGUCAUCCAAUGAUGUGCCAACAUACGCCCAACUUGUCGGCCAUGAGCAGCUCGCUCUUCAUCAGCAACAGAUACCCCAACAGAACCAACUCGAGCAACAAUUGCAACAACAGCUCAUCCAACAGCAAGAAAAAUCCGCCCAUCAACAACUCACGGAGAGUGAAAUCGCAAAUCUUCUAAACUAUGGAACAAUUAACUUACACAAUCAGCUGUCGCCAAGUGAUUACUAUCACUACCAAGUUGAUGCAGAGCAUCAACAACAACAACAAUUACAAAAGCAACAGCAACUUCAGCAACAGUCAUUCUACGAAUUAUCUGAACGUCAAAAAGAGAAUGAUGAGAUAUUAGCUCAGGCUCAACAUGACCUGUAUCAGCAACACCAACAACAAAACUCGUACCAAUAUAACACGGAAGCUCCCCAACAGUCGAGUGCAUCAUCUACUACGGACUACUUACUGGCCUAUCAAGAACAUCAACAAGCUGUUGCAAACGCUCUCAGUUUGAGUAAUAAUGGACAAAAUAGUAAACGUGCGACCGCUGAGCCUCAAACCACAACUGCCCCUAUGCGGAUAUUUGUACCGGAUACCGAUAGCGAGUAUCCUAACAGUGUCAAAGCUAAGAAACGCAUGGAUGAGCUAAACUACGAGUAUGCCGAUGAUGAGGAAGCCGCUAACCUGUUCAAUACCGAACCGAGCACGAGUAGGGCAAGCGUCAAACAGAGCGAUUCAUCUGAUGACAAGAUCAAGGAGGAUAUCAACCACAAAAGUGGAGAAUAUGAUGAAAGCGAAUUCUAUCGACAUUACAGCAAUCAUCGAUUUGAAUAAGAACAUCCAAUAGUAGUAGCAGUAGAUGUACGUUCUCGAUACUUGUUAUAACGGGCUGAGCGACAGCUUGGAUGGACAUGAUUCAAUGUUAGGUGUAAUGCAGAACUGGUCAAUUUUCAGACCAGCUAAAAUUGAAGGGAUAUCUCAAUGAUGCAUUGUAGAGAUCGUGGACUGAUUGCGAGAUUCAUGGACUAUUUUUUAUGAUAUCAACAAAUUACAACACAAAAUUAGGAAAGUUCAACUAUUCUAUUUAUUUACAAUUAUAGUAAAUCAUUCCAA